UUUCCCCAUAUAUCAGAGUGUACAACAUUUCCCCUACAAACUACAAAGGUAUCUCUCUCUCUCUCUCUGUCUCUCACGCAAAGGGAAAAAGAGAAGGGACGCUUCUGAAAAUUCCAAAAUUUUGAAACCGCCAUCUGAGUCUCAGAUAUCACCCUCUCUUCCUCUCUCUGUGAAAUCUCAAAGGAAACCCUUGAAGAAGAGGGCCCUGGUCUGAGCCCCAAUAUUAUAUUAACACCUCAAAAGCACGGCAAAUCGAGUGUGGUUGCACAGUGAUUUAGGGGAGGGGGGUCCAAAUGCGAGUGAGAUGAACAACCACAAGUUCCAAGUCUUCGACUCCGUGCCCGCGUGAGUGUGACGAAGAGCGUGCGAUUCUCUCAUGGCAAAGCGCGUGUACGAAGCUUGGAAAGGACGUAAUAAGUUCAUCCUUGGUGGGAGGUUGAUAUUUGGACCUGAUGCUAGAUCACUGCUUGUUACGUUAUUGCUUAUUCUUGUACCAGUUAUCAUAUUUUGUGUGUUUGUUGCAAGGCAUCUUCCGCAUGAAGUUUUGCAGCAUAAUGUGGGAUAUGUGAUUCUUGUGGUAGCGAUUGUCUUCACUAUCUACGUCUUGGUACUUCUUUUUCUUACUUCAGCCCGGGACCCGGGUAUUAUUCCACGUAAUUUACAUCCACCAGAGGAAGAAUUUCGGUAUGACUCUUCUUAUGACAUUGGGGGACGACAAACACCAAGCCUUCAGUUCCCUCGAACAAAAGAAGUAACGGUCAAUGGUUAUACUGUGAAGGUGAAGUAUUGUGAUACCUGCAUGCUAUAUAGACCUCCCCGUUGCUCCCAUUGCUCCAUUUGCAAUAACUGUGUGGAGCGUUUUGACCACCAUUGCCCUUGGGUUGGCCAAUGCAUUGGUCUGCGCAACUAUCGCUACUUCUUUAUGUUUGUUUCUUCAGCAACUCUUCUUUGCAUCUACGUGUUUGCCAUGUCAGCUUUGUACAUCAAGGUUCUGAUGGAUGAUGUUGAUGGCACAGUUUGGAAAGCGAUGAAAGAAUCUCCUGCAUCUGUGAUACUAAUGGCCUAUUGUUUCAUUUCUCUGUGGUUUGUCGGUGGACUUACUGGCUUCCAUUUGUACCUUAUUGGCACAAACCAGACUACCUAUGAAAACUUCCGGUACAGAGCAGAAAACAGGAUCAAUGUCUUUGACCGGGGUUGUUUGAAUAACUUUCAAGAGGUAUUUUGCACAAAAGUGAAGCCCUCAAGGAACAACUUCCGGGCUUUUGUUCAAGAGGAGGUACAAAGGCCUACCCCUUCACCUGCCCCUCGGGAGGGGGUAACAGCAGAGGAUUUAGGUGUGGAUGCUCGUUCAAAGGUAGAAGAUGAUCUAGAUAUUGGUGAAGACCUAUUGAAGAUCUCCCAACGUCGCAAUAUUGAUGAAAUUGAUGAAGACAUACGCAGCAGAGGGAGCAAUGGACCUCCAAAUAAUACCUUGGAUGCUGAUUCAGUUUUGGGUUCGGAUCAUCGAGCUCCUACCAUUCGGUCUGAUGCUCGUCACUCGAGUUGGGGAAGAAGUGGGAGCUGGGAAAUUGCCCCAGAAGUCUUUGCAAACUCCAAUGUCACUGAAAGUAGAAGUUAUGUCGCCGCAAAGGAAGCACGUCAGUGAUGGGGUAAUUUGUUUAUUUGAGUGUUAGCAUGACCGCCACUUGGGUGAUGUGUGAUUACUUUGAUGUUCUUUUCCUUGUUUGGGAGGGAGCUGAGAUUGAUGAGAGGUUUACAAUUAUGCCAAGGGGACUCCAAUUUACCCACCUUUCAGGUAUAGGACUUCUGUUUCUUAAUGUGGGAAUGCUAGCAGCUUUACUAUUUUUCAGAAAGCAUAUAAAUGUGUGUAAUUGUUUGAGAGAUGAGGAGAAAGUGUCUUUUGCCAUUGUUCCUUUUAUUCUUUUUCUUAUCCAUGGAUAUUGUGUAUUUUGCUCUUUUGUAUCAAUUCUCUAGUUCUGGCUU